AGCGGUCCAAUGGGGCCUACCGGCGGCGGCGCGGUGUGCGCCGGGGGGCGGGGCCUGGCGGCGGUUGCUGGCGGAGCCCGAGAGGCGGUGAAGGCUGUCGUUGCCUUGGACGUUGCAUCCCAGAGGGAGUCGUGUCGGUACCACCUCGGCCUCUGAGCCCGUGGAUUGCCCACCGAAGCUCGUGUGUGCACCCCCGGGUCCCGCCAGCCGCUAGCCCCUGGCCUUGCGGGACGUGUCUCCGGCAUCAUGUGUGGUAUAUUUGCUUACUUAAACUACCAUGUUCCUCGAACAAGACGAGAAAUCUUGGAGACCCUAAUCAAAGGCCUUCAGAGACUGGAAUACAGAGGAUAUGAUUCUGCUGGUGUGGGAGUUGAUGGAGGCAAUGACAAAGAUUGGGAAGCCAAUGCCUGCAAAAUCCAGCUUAUUAAGAAGAAAGGAAAAGUUAAGGCACUGGAUGAAGAAGUUCACAAGCAACAGGAUAUGGAUUUGGAUAUAGAAUUUGAUGUACACCUUGGAAUAGCUCAUACCCGUUGGGCAACACAUGGAGAACCCAGUCCUGUCAAUAGCCACCCCCAGCGCUCUGAUAAAAAUAAUGAAUUUAUUGUUAUUCACAAUGGAAUCAUCACCAACUACAAAGACUUGAAAAAGUUUUUGGAAAGCAAAGGCUAUGACUUUGAAUCUGAAACAGACACAGAGACAAUUGCCAAGCUUGUUAAGUAUAUGUAUGACAAUCGGGAAAGUCAAGAUAUCAGCUUUACUACCUUGGUGGAGAGAGUUAUCCAACAACUGGAAGGUGCUUUUGCACUCGUAUUUAAAAGUGUCCAUUUUCCCGGGCAAGCAGUUGGCACAAGGCGAGGCAGUCCUCUGUUGAUUGGUGUACGGAGUGAACAUAAACUUUCUACUGAUCACAUUCCUAUACUCUACAGAACAGCUAGGACUCAGAUUGGAUCAAAAUUCACACGGUGGGGAUCACAGGGAGAAAGAGGCAAAGACAAGAAGGGAAGCUGCAAUCUCUCUCGCGUGGACAGCACAACUUGCCUUUUCCCGGUGGAAGAAAAAGCAGUGGAGUAUUACUUUGCUUCUGAUGCAAGUGCUGUCAUAGAACACACCAAUCGUGUCAUCUUUCUAGAAGAUGAUGAUGUUGCAGCAGUGGUGGAUGGACGUCUUUCUAUACAUCGAAUUAAACGAACUGCAGGAGAUCACCCUGGACGAGCUGUGCAAACACUCCAGAUGGAACUGCAGCAGAUCAUGAAGGGCAACUUCAGUUCAUUUAUGCAGAAGGAAAUAUUUGAGCAGCCAGAGUCUGUCGUGAAUACAAUGAGAGGAAGAGUCAACUUUGAUGACUAUACUGUGAAUUUGGGUGGUUUGAAGGAUCACAUUAAGGAGAUCCAGAGAUGUCGGCGUUUGAUUCUUAUUGCUUGUGGAACAAGUUACCAUGCUGGUGUAGCAACACGUCAAGUUCUUGAGGAGCUGACUGAGUUGCCUGUGAUGGUGGAACUAGCCAGUGACUUCCUGGACAGAAACACACCAGUCUUUCGAGAUGAUGUUUGCUUUUUCCUUAGUCAAUCAGGUGAGACAGCAGAUACCUUGAUGGGUCUUCGGUAUUGUAAGGAGAGAGGAGCUUUAACUGUGGGAAUCACAAACACAGUUGGCAGUUCUAUAUCAAGGGAGACAGAUUGUGGAGUUCACAUUAAUGCUGGUCCUGAGAUUGGUGUGGCCAGUACAAAGGCUUAUACUAGCCAGUUUGUAUCCCUUGUGAUGUUCGCCCUUAUGAUGUGUGAUGAUAGGAUCUCCAUGCAAGAAAGACGCAAAGAGAUCAUGCUUGGAUUGAAACGGCUGCCUGAUUUGAUUAAGGAAGUACUGAGCAUGGAUGACGAAAUUCAGAAACUAGCAACAGAACUUUAUCAUCAGAAAUCAGUUCUGAUAAUGGGACGAGGCUAUCAUUAUGCUACUUGUCUUGAAGGGGCACUGAAAAUCAAAGAAAUUACUUACAUGCACUCUGAAGGCAUCCUUGCUGGUGAAUUGAAACAUGGCCCUCUGGCUUUGGUGGAUAAGUUGAUGCCUGUGAUCAUGAUCAUCAUGAGAGAUCACACUUAUGCCAAGUGUCAGAAUGCUCUUCAGCAAGUGGUUGCUCGGCAGGGGCGCCCUGUGGUAAUUUGUGAUAAGGAGGAUACUGAGACCAUUAAGAACACAAAAAGAACGAUCAAGGUGCCCCACUCGGUGGACUGCUUGCAAGGCAUUCUCAGCGUGAUCCCUUUACAGUUACUGGCUUUCCACCUUGCUGUGCUGAGAGGCUACGAUGUUGAUUUUCCACGGAAUCUUGCCAAAUCUGUGACUGUAGAGUGAAGAAUAUACAAAAUGUACAAAACUCUGUACGAUUAAGCAACACAAGACACCUUUUGUAUUUAAAACCUUGAUUUAAAAUAUCAUCCCUUGAAGCCUUUUUUAGUAAAUCCUUAUUUAUAUAUCAGUUAUAAUUAUUCCACUCGAUAUGUGAUUUUUGUGAAGGUACCUCUUAUAUUUUUCCAGUAAUUUGUGGAGGACUUUGAAUAAUGGAAUCUAUAUUGGAAUUUGUAUCAGAAAGAUUUUAGCCAUUAUUUUCUUUAAAGAAUGCUGGGCAUUGCAUUUCUGGACCCUCCACUUCAAACUGAGAAGACAGUAUGUUUCUAAAAUAAUUGGUACUUGUUUCACCAUACUUCAUUCAGACCAAUGAGAGUAAUGCAUUUAAUUGUAAUAUCUAAAGCCAAUGGCAGUGUAUGCUCAUAUUUGGACAGUUAGGGAAGGUUUUGUGAAGUUAUAAAGAGAAUAUGUGAUUUAUUUUGAAAUUUGUUUUGUUUUUAAAUCAAACUCUAAAACUUAAAACUGAAAAAUUUUCUUGGUAGGAUUUAUAUCUAAGUUUGGUUAGCCUUAGUUUCUCAGACUUGUUGUCUGUUACCUAUAGGUGGAGGAAAUUUAGGAAGCAAAAUAUUAUAGUAGCGCAUUGGUGAUCUCCAAUCCUUAACAUAUUUGCACAGUUUUAUAGCACAAACUUUAAAUUUGAGCUGCUUUGGACAAUUGACAGUAUGAUUUAAAAUUUGAAGAUGAGAUAUGUACAUGUUGGGUAUUCUUCUACUUUUGUUUUCAUCUCCUAAAACUGAUUUUUAUUUCCUUGUAUCUGUAGUCUUUUAUUUUUAAAAUGACUUCUGAAUGACAUAAUUUUAUCUUGUUCUUUAAAAUCACAACAGAGAGCUGCUAUUAAAUUAAUAUUGAUAUAUUCAGUAUUCUUUUCAACUUUGUCACAAGAAAGAAUUUCCUAUAGUUAAUUUUAACUUUCCUUCACUGCAUUGUUGCAUAAAACUAGUCCCUUAGUGCCAGUUUGGAAGUUAUUUGCAAUUGUUUGGAAGAUGUGCAAGUCGUUGACCUCAUCAUUUCACUGUAAGUAUAUGUGGUAGGCUAGGCUCAGAAAAAGGUAUGUAUGCUUUACAUUGAUAGGCACCCAAUUUCGUAUUACAUCCUAGGUAUUUUUUCUCUAUAUUUUCUGUGUUCUUCUCCUGAAAUAUACUUAGGAAUAAAGAAGAUAUAAAUAGAGUGAUACUGGGGUAUGUUCAGCUUGUAGGUAUCAGAAAUGGAAGUUGACAAUUUAGAUUAAAAUAUUUAAAGUAGAAUGUUGUUAUUUGAUACCCCCAAAAUCGUGAGUAAUAAUUUCUUCAUGGAGCUUUUCUGACCAGAUCUUUGGGGCUAUAGGAGAGUGUGUUUGUUUUUGGUUGUCCUUCUUUUUCAAAGGUUUUUACUUUUAAAUUGUGAAGGUGAACUAUUUAGCACAAUUAGUUAAGUAAGCUAAGUCUUUUCCUUUUUGUUUUUUGGUGUUUGAACUUCUCGGUGAGGUUAAGAUUUUCUAAUAGCUAUUGCUGUUGCCAGAGAAUCAUAGAUUUCUGCUUGUGUGUUAGGGUUAGAGAAAGAUUUGGUGUAUUUUGAGGUAAUUUGGAUGGACUUUCAUAGGUGGUUACUAGAAACCUGAUCUUUUUAAGAAUAAAAUAGAGUCACUAUUUACAUUACGUAUAUGUAGCUAUUAUAGCUAUAUUAAUCUACUUUAAUUGUUUCUAAGAUUAUUUUGUGUAAGUCAGCUAGUUUAAAUGUGCGUAUAGUGUCAUUUCUUCUGUUUGGUGUAUUAACAAAUAUUAUUUGUCUGGGUUUAUAGCAUUUCUUUUUCUUUUCUUUUUUUUUUUUUUGAGACAGUCUCACUGUGUCACCCAGGCUGAAGGGCCGUGUUGCAGUUUUGGCUCGCUGCAACCUCUGCCUCCUGGGUUCAAGCAAUUCUUCUGUCUCAGUUUCCUGAGUAGUAGAGGUUAAAAAGGUGUGUAUUACCACACCUGGUUAAUUUUGUGUUUUUUAGUAGAGAUGGGGUUUCACCAUGUUGGCCAGGCUGGUCUCAAACUCCUGACCUCAGUGAUCCACCCGCCUUGGCCUCCCAAAGUACUGCGAUACAGGCAUGAGCCACCGUGCCCAGCCUGUAGCAUUUCUUAUAGUUUAAAGUUUGAUUCAGCAUUCUAAGUUAAAACUAAUAAGUGAAAUCAAUCAUUAGUGUGCACAAUCUCUGUGUCUCUCCCUCUGUGUGUGUCUUUCUUUAAAGCACAUGUUUACAUACACAACAUACUGAAAGCUAGGGUAAGUUCUAAACUGAAUAUCAAAAACCAAAAUUAAGAACAAAGAAGUGUUAUUUUCCAAACAACCAUGGAUUCUCUGCUGGGUGCAGUGGUUCAGCCUGUAAUACCAGCCUGUACUUUGGGAGGCCUAGGUGGGAGGAUCACUUAAGCCCAAGAGUUUGAGAACAGCCUGGGCAACAUGGUGAUAUCUGGUCUCUACAAAAAAUUUUUUUUAAAAGGUGACUAUACCUGGUGGCUUGCACCUGUAGUCCCAGCAAUUUGGGAUACUUACAUGGGAGGAUCACUUGAGCAUGGGAGCUGGAGGCUGCAGUGAGCUGUGAUUGUGCCACUGUGCUCCAGCUUGAGUGACAGAGGGAGACCCUCCUUACUCAAAACAAGAAACAUAGUUUCUCCUCUCUCUCCCGUCUUCUUACUCUCUGUCCUAUUUGAUGUAGUGAUUUUUAAAUGCUUUUAUAAAUUAAUUCUUAACACAAAAGGGACAUUGUAAUGAGGCAAACCACUAAGUGAGCUUGCCCAGUUAAAACCAGUGUAAUACAGAGUAAGAAAAUCUGAUUUUUCAAAAAAGAUACUCUACGUAAGUUCUUCAUAUACAAAGUUUUUCUUGUAAUACAUUUAAAGUUUUAAUUCACUCAGAUAUAAGGGAGAGAUCCUUACCCUCUGAGCCCUUUUUAGGCAGGGGAACAUGUCUGUCAUUUAGCAUGUGGCCCAGUAAAUGAUUAUUAGAUUACAAUCAGUUUUUCAGUCUUUUUUUUAAAAAAAUUCGAUGCCAUAGGAAUAAAACAUAAAGAGAAAAAUUAAUGUUAGCUAUUUUUAGGUUAUUAUAACUAUGUCAACAAGUAUUAAUACCUAUUAUGGGCAAGUCACUAUGGCAGGCAUUGAAAAUUACAUCAUCUUUAAAGCAGUAUUUCUCCCCUUACUGGCUCAUCACUAGCAAAGACUAGGUUCACUGAAAGGCACUGGGUGAGAUAACGGGAAGAUGGAGUGGAGGUGGGUUGUUAAAGUGCUGUGAGUGAGUGAUUUUGUUUACUUGAAUAGUGAUCCAUGUUCGGGGAUAUAUUGUGUUCGUAAGAAGUGAAAGGUAUUUGCGAAGUGAGCUGUAAAUGACCCAUAAAUCUGUCAAAACAGUCCUUAAUAUGCAAAGAUGAAAAACAAGCAUUACUGCUACCCAAAGGGAACUGACGUUUGGUGAUGUGCAGAUGGGGCUGUUGGUUAAGAGAGCUAAUACAGAUUUUCUGUGUUAGGUUUCAUAGAAGGUAGUUUCUGAGAUGAGAUUGUUUUAUCUUUUUGAAUACAGAUGUCUUGUCCUGAGUUCUGAGGAUGGGAGGACAGGAGUCUUUUUUUUUUUUUUUUGGCUCCUUAGUAAUACUCCCCUGACAUUUAUUUCUAUUAUUCUUCAAAGAAAGAAAACCAAAUGAGAUGUUUGAUUUAGCAUUUAAAAAAGUUAUUUGGGUGGAUUUUUUUUCUCUUUUUUUAAAAAAUUAGGAUAUACCAUAGCAAUAAAAUAAUUAAUGUUUAACUAUCGUAUGCUACAAUGUAAGUGAUUUUUCUAAAGAAGCACAAUGCCAUUGAAAAGUAUUAUUGAAAAGGAUUAUAGUUCACAUUUAAUUUGUGAAGGCUGAAGAAAUGGAAAGGAGUGUGAUAUUUUCAUUUUAUGAUAUUUACAUAUUUAGUAAAUUUUGUGUACAAGAAUACCUGGCAGAGUGUUUUACCCAUGGAAACAGGUUUCAGAUUACUUUGUUUGUACUGUUAGAGUCCCAAGUUUAGAAACGUUAACAUUUAAAUCACUUUUUUUCUCACUGUACUUAAAAAGAUUGUUAAUAUUUUGAUAUCUUCCUAACUUGAUGAAUUUAAACAUAUCUUCAGAUGUGUGACAGUGACAACCAAUAAGACUGAUAAUAUUAGCUUCAAACCAGUAAUAUCCGGGGUUAAAAAUCAUAGUGAAAGCAUGAUUGUAUAAUUAUGCCAUAUUAACUUUUAAGUCUGUAAUAGCUUGAUAUCAAAAUGUUAUGUAGUAUACCAUAAAUAAUGGCUAGCAAGAACAUCUUUGGAAAUUCUCAAAUUACCUUUCUUACUAUACUGUUUUCAGAAUGAAUGUAGAAAUGAUUCUGUUAGAUUUUUGAAUGUUCUGUGGUUGAAUGUGUUUUUGCUUAAAUAAAGCUUUUGGUAUUUGUUUAAAUUACA